UUCUCAUUCAAGCAUUGAAGUUUACCACUUCCAAAAAGAUUCAAUCCAAUUUAGCCAUGGGAAUUCGUUUGCCUUCGGUUCUUCUUUCCGCUGCCAAGCAAGUUCUCAAGAUGCAGUCUGUCUCAGCAAGAUGUCAGUCCAUUGUUCCCAAAGGCCACAUUCCAGUGUACGUGGGAGAAACCGACAGAAAGCGGUUUUUCGUUCCAAUAUCGUACUUGAGUCAACCUUCAUUCAUAGACUUGCUCAACAAGGCUGAAGAAGAGUUUGGAUUCAGCCACCCAACUGGAGGUUUGAGAAUUCCCUGCAAGGAAGAAGCCUUCAUUGAUGUUACUUCUAAAUUGCAAAGUUCAUGAAUGAUUUGAGAACAAGGAGCAAUUCUCCCCACAGUUUUGACAAAAAAAAAAAUUCUCUAUUCAUUUUAGUGUAUCGGAGAUAUUUUGUAUGUAAAUGGUUAGAUUAGAAAAAGUGGAGAGUUACAAAGCCAUUUGUACAUCAAUGACAAAUAUC